AUGAACGUCCUUGCUGCUUGCAAUUUCAAUCUCAUGUUCACAUUUGUGUACGCUGGCUGGGAAGGAACCGCGAGCGACUCCAAGGUUUACAAGGAUGCCCUGCAAAAUGGACUAGCCUUAUCACCAACCAAGUUUGACAUUGGAGAUGCUGACGAACUCGAUAUCACCUCAACGAAUGGGGACAAGGGAGAUUGA